UAAAACUCUAAACGAUGACAGUCAGUAUAACAAUCCUGUGGAUAACGAUUUAAGAUGGCUCACGAAAAUUUUCAGAAAUUAAGAAAACUCGAAAGAUUCCGUAUUAUUCAAUACACCAAUAUUUUCAAAAAACAUCAUGAGAUUUCAUCAUUUUUUAAGCCACAAUAAUGGUAAAAUUGAAAUAACUUGCAAAUUCUAUUUUUAGGGAAGCUUUGCAAAGGGAAGUUGUUUUUUAUACUCGUGUGAUGGUUGAAUCUCAAGAUGAAUAUAAAUCAAUCUAUCUGAAAAAUGACAUAAAUUAUUACCAGGAACGUAAUUCUGUGGUUUCUUCUAAAGUUAAUGGCUCUAUGGAUGAAAUUGAGGUCUUGAAUGAACAAUCUGAGCCAAUUUCUUCUUCUCAAGAGUUGACAGAUCUUUCCGAUCUCGGCAAAAUGUUUCUCAAUUUCCCCAGGAAAGAUGACGAAGAGCCAUUGAUUCAGGAGAUGACAUCGAAGGAAAAUGCUCUGUUCACCAUCAUCAGAGAAAUCAAGCAAUUCAAAUUCGAGAUUUCUCAACUAUAGAAUGAAUAGCUACAAUCAUCAUCGUUGAACCGCAAUCCAAAGAAAGACAAAAGAACAAAAUAGCGUUGGAUAAUCUCAUAGAAAAAUAAUAUAUAAAAUUUUGUACUUGGCGAAGAAUAAAAAAUUAUUCCUUGGAAA